GCAAGAGAGCGACAUGCCUCACUCGAAAGAAGAACAGGCGGCGGUUGGGCGCCCCGCAGCCGCUGAUCUCUCGGAGGGCGAGAAGUUAUAAGACAGCAUGCCCAUCCGCAUUCCCCGCGAACCCAUCUUGAGAGCCCGCGCCACUCGACCCAGACCACCAUGUCAGCAGCGACCGUAGUCCUCGCCACACUAGGCGUCCUCAUCUUCGCAGCUCUUCUCUUCGCAGGGCUCGGCAACCUCGCGCGACGAAGGUUGAGGAGUCUCAUGGCGCCCGUGUAUCCCGUCUCUAACACGCCGACGUUGAAGCCUGGCGAGGAAAAGAAGCCCGGCGUGCUUUAUGUGCAUAUGCCGGAUAUACGGCCUUGGGGGCAUCCGAAUGCUAGUCCGUUUUCUCUGAAGCUGGAAACGUGGCUGCUUAUGGCCAAGAUUCCCUAUGUGGUGAUCCGCGGCUUCGACCUCAAAGCAGCGCCAAAGGGCAAGAUCCCAUUCAUUGAGAUGGACGGCAUCAAAAUGGGAGAUUCGGAGCUGAUCAUCCAGUUCCUCCAAACAAGAUUCCCUGACCAUCAGGUUGUUGGAGAUCUAACGCUCACGCCUGAACAACUUGCGCAGGGCCAUGCGUUCAACCGAAUGGUCUCGGAGCACACCGUCGCAUGCAUGGGCCAAUCUCGCAACGUCGACAACAUCCACGACACCCUCCGCGCAUAUACCGGCCUCUCAGGUCCUCUCCCACUCGCCCUUAAAUUCAUCGCGCGCCUGAUCCGCCGCGGCACUGCAAAGAAGCUCGCGAACCAGGGACUGGGCCGACAUUCGGCUCAGGAGAUAUAUGCGAUUGGGUGCAGGGAUUUGAAGGCCAUAGCAGACUUCCUGGGAACCAAACGAUUUAUGCUCGGCGACCAGCCCACAUCCGUCGACGCCUCCGUCUUUGCCAUCCUCGCAUCCAUCAUGUGGAUCCCCGUCGAAUUCCCGAUGAAGACCUAUGCAUACAAGGAACUGCCUGUGCUCGACCAGUACCUAUGGCGUGUGAGGAAAGCGGUCUGGGGAGAGACGCUUGAGCCGUGGUAUACGGGAGGCGAGGCGGCGGUAAAGAUGUAUGAGAGGUUAGGGUUUGAGCCUGGAGCGGUGUAGAGUCCACCAUCUUUCUUUCUUGACGUAGUCUUCCGAUAUUGUGGGUUGUUUAGCAACGCUGUUUUUUUGUCAGGGAUGAGUCUGGUUUAGUGUAGACUUUCAAGCAACAGUCAGAUGUCGGUAUUUGGUUGUAGCAUACAUGGUAG